CAGGAAAGAAACCAGAAAAAAGGACUGCCUAAGCUCUAAACAAAUUGUACAAGCGAAAACCGGAUUGAACGAAAUCACGACCUCUCGGCAGCUACCAAACAUGUCAGAACCGUAAAUAUGUUUAUUUGCUGGCGGACUGGGAUCGCUUUCCUUUCACCUGCAAAACCGAUGGCUCGGCUGCUGCACCUACCCAGUCCGAAUUGUUUUCUUCGUCGGAUUUGUCAGAGUCGACCACACGUGGAUUAACCCGUUUUGCAGCAGCAGCAGCAGUGUUUGCAACCUUCCGUCCCUUACUCAGUUUGACCAUCCCCGACUUCCCAUCUGGUAAAGUACGAACACCCGCUGGCUUUCGGACGGCAGGCUUACGCUUGACGAACCCGGAAGUACGCUCCUGUUGCAGAGUCCACAUAAUAAUGCUAUCAGUGUUCAACACGCCAAUCACUUUAUAACGAUACUUCUCCAGUAUGUCCAACGUCAUGCGUGGUGUCAACUUGGUGAUGCAUCGAGUGCUUUAAUUAGCUCCGCAUCCAAGUCGCUAUCUCCGAUAUUGGUGGGACCCUCAAGUUCAGCGCCCUCUGACAAAUCUGCUUUGAAAUACGGACCACUGGACUUCUUUGUGCGAUACAAAGCCAACAGGAACGAUGAAGGUUUAAAAUGCGAGGCAGAUAUUUUCGCUCGUCAAUGAACUGGGUGCGCAUAUUCCGUUCUCUUCGGUUUGCUGCACCGGGAGGAUCUCCAUUUCGCAGGCAUGCUUCAACAGUAUCUAGUUCCCUUAUGGACGAUGCGAAAAGUUUCGAUGAAAUGGCUUGCAAGCCACCUGAGAAAUAUCCGGAAAUACCCCGGAAUCCAAUAAUAGCUGUUAUCCAGUUUACCGCUACUAAUGAUAAAAUGCGAAAUUUUGACGUCUGCAGCGAACUUAUAAGGAAAGCUAAGGAACGUGGAGCGCAGAUGGUCUUCCUUCCGGAGGGAUUUGAUUAUUUAACAGAAACUUCCGAGGAAAGUUUCACUUUGUCCGAAAAUCUGUCAGGGAAGGUUAUUUCCGGAUACCGAAAGCUGUCGCAGGAAUUGAAUUUGUGGAUGUCUCUUGGAGGAUAUCACUUGAAGAGCGAUAAGGAGCACAGGGCUCAUAAUUCGCACAUUGUUUUGGAUAGCAACGGUGAAAUCGCUGAAAUCUACCGGAAAGCACAUUUAUUUGUAAUUGACAUACCUGGCAGGAUAACACUGGAUGAGACUUCGUUUUGCAUACCUGGUAGUAGAAUACAGCCCCCGGUUCCCACGCCUGUAGGGAAAAUUGGCUUGAUGUGCUGCUAUGAUCUGAGAUUUCCGGAAUUAGCGGGAUUAUUGACUAGGCAAGGCGCGGAAAUUCUGGCAUAUCCAGCGGCGUUCACAUACACGACUGGUGUUGCGCAUUGGGAGCCACUGCUAAGAGCUCGAGCCAUCGAAAACCAGUGCUAUGUCGUUGCAGCUGCACAGUAUGGAUCACAUAGUGCCAAACGGAUGUCUUUUGGACACGCUAUGAUCGUUGAUCCUUGGGGAACCGUUAUAGCUCAGUGUCCGGAUGGACCUGGAAUAGCUCUGGCUGAAAUUGAUUUGUCGGGUUUACAUGAAGUGCGCAUGUGUAUGCCGGUGCAAUCUCAUCGUCGUCAUGAUUUGUAUAAGCUCACUAUGAGUCCAGUGCAGUUACCUGAUUUUUCCACUGAAUUUCAUAACUUUGGAGGUCAUCAGAUUAGCAGGAACGAAAUAUUUUACGAAACGAUGUUGUCAUUGGCCCUUGUGAAUUUGAAGCCAAUUGUACCUGGCCACUGCUUGGUCAUACCUAAACGAGUUGUGGAGAAAUUCUCUGAUUUAACCUACGAAGAACUUGGCGAUAUGUUUUCCGUCGUGCAAGUGGUGGAAAAAAUGUUAGAAACGCGCUAUGAUGUUCAUUCUUCCACAAUUGCUUGUCAGGAUGGAUAUGAUGCAGGCCAAACUGUCCGACAUGUUCACGUACAUUUGCUGCCGCGUAAAACAAAGGACUUCGAGCGUGAUGAAGUGUAUCAGGAGCUCGCCAAACACGAUAAAGGAUCUUAUCGGCGACCGCGUACCCAAGCGGAGAUGAGCGCCGAAGCACGGGAAUACCGUAAAAUACUCUAUGGUGACACUUUGUCUUGGGAACAAGUGUUUUGCCAAGAGGUAUAAGGCCCUAUAUCUAUAUACCUUGGUUUUGCUAUCCAGGAGACACUCUUUAUAAUAGCUGUUAUGAAACAAAUUUCACUAUAUGCUCACGUGGGACCGAAAUUGAUGGAUAGAGAAUUUAUUAUAGAUUGUUAUCAUAGCCGGUGAUGGUAUUUGGUAUCUUCAUUAUCGCGCAUUUUACUGUGCUGCUAAAUUUUGAUAUUACAGUUCUUUACUUACUUUAACAUGCGAUAUUCUAGUCUUCGGGUUAUGGGCCCCUUAAUGAAGAAGUCAGAAUCUGA